CGUGGAGCCUUAAUGGACCCCCCAAUCCUUACCCAACUUCCUCUCUUAAAAUCAAUACCAUCCCUUUCUUCUUUUUUAUUCAUUCUCCUUUUAUUUAUUGCUUUGUUAAGUCCCUUUCAUUUUCUCUCUUCUUCACUCUCACCCACCUUCCCAAUAUCCCCCAUUAAACCCCCCUUCAUUCCCCUUCUCUCCAUCUCAAACACUCCAAUCUCAAUGGACACUAAACUAAAGCCUCAAACUUUAUCACCAAAUACAACUAAUUCUAAUUGUAAUUCACCCGAAUUUGAAUUUUGGAUGCUCCGAAACCCAUCUUUUCCACAACCAAAUCUUCACACCGCCGACCAACUUUUCGUCAACGGUGUUAUUCUUCCCCUCCACCUCCUCCCCACCACUAGUAAAACCGACCCACCACCCCAAACACCAACUUCAAACCCAUCAUCUCAUAACCCGGUUUCUGAACCAGACCCAGAACCCGAUUCUUCACAUCCCGAAUCUUCACCUGUUAUAACAGAAUCUUCUUCUUCUGCUUCAACUUUCUCAGGUUCAAAACGGUGGAAAGAUAUUUUCAGAAAAGGAGAGAAAAACAACACAGAAGACAAAGAAAAAGAGAAAGAGAAAGAGAAAGAAAAGAAGAACAAGGAUAAGAAGAAAGAGAGAAAAAACGGUAACGGUGCAAAUUCUGCUGCAGAGUUGAAUAUCAAUAUAUGGCCAUUUUCACGAAGCAGGUCUGCCGGAAACACGACAACCCGACCCAAAUUCUUCACCGGAGCUCCGGUGACCCGGAAAGUUAACAGUGCACCUUGUUCUCGUAGCAACUCCGCCGGAGAAUCAAAGUCGAGAAAAUGGCCAAGUAGUCCGGGUCGGGCCGGUGUUCAUGUGGGUCGGAAUAGUCCAGUAUGGCAGGUUCGUCGCGGUGGUGGAAAAAACUCAGACCAACAAACUCAACAAGGUUCAAAUACAGAUAAAGAAUUGAAGAAAGAAGCCACCGUGAGUCGCCGGAGCAAGGUGGUUUCCGGUGGUGGUGGAAAAGCGAAAGUUUUGAGCUUGAAUGUUCCGAUGUGUAUUGGGUAUAGACAUCAUUUGAGUUGUAGAAGUGAUGAGAAUAGUGCUAUUGGUGUGAGUGGCGGCGUUGCUGUUAACCGCGGUGGUGGUGACGGUGGUGGUGGUGAGUGUCAUCAUCAUGAUGAAGGAAGUGGGGGUAACCUUUUUAAUCUACGUAAUCUUUUUACCAAGAAAAGCAUAGUAACUUCUCAUUAGAUUACUUUUUUUAACCAUGUUAUGUAAUUAUUUUUACUAUCACUUUUUCUUUUUUCUUUUUUUGGCUCCCUUAAAUUAACCUUUUUGGGGUUCUUUUCUAUUUUUGUUAUAUAGAAAGGUUUAAUCUAUCAUUUUAAUAUCAUACCUGGUAUUGUAAGUUAGUCUUAUUUGUUUGUCUUA